AUGGCCCAAAAUACUUUGGAAUCAAUUCCUACCAUCUUGGAUCAAUCAAUUCAUCCUCAGUUUGCCAAACAGGCCGAGGCUCAAUUGAAAUCUCUUGAAUCAAAUCAAGGUUUUUCAGUAAAUUUACUUCAUAUUGUCGCCCUGACUAAUUUAUCAAUUCAAACUAGAUUAGCUGGUGCUCUUUUUUUCAAAAAUUUAAUAAAACGUAAAUGGAUUAAUGAAGAUGGUGAAUACUUAUUACCUUUAGAUGAUAUUAAUCAAAUUAAAACUCAAAUUUUAGAUGUCAUGAUAAAUUUACCAAAUAAUUUACAAAUUCAAAUUGGGGAAUCAAUUUCAAUCAUUGCUGAAUCAGAUUUCCCUCAUAAUUGGCAAAAUUUAAUCGAUGAAUUGGUUUCAAAAUUAUCAACCACUGAUUUCGUUUUAAAUAAAGGUAUUUUAUUAGUGGCUCAUUCAAUUUUUAAAAAAUGGAGACCUUUAUUCAGAUCAGAUGAAUUAUUCUUGGAAAUUAAAAUGGUUUUAGAUAAAUUUGCUCAACCUUUCUUAUCUCUUUUAAUUAAAGUUGAUGAAUUGAUUCAACAAAGCUUAUCAAAUGAUAAAGCUUCUUUAGAAAUUUAUUUUGAAAAUUUAUUAUUAUUAACUCAAAUUUAUUACGAUUUAAAUUGUCAAGAUAUCCCAGAAUUUUUUGAAGAUAAUUUAUCGAUUGGUAUGAAUAUAAUGCAUAAAUAUUUACAAUUAUCAACUCCUUUAUUAACCGACCCUGAUGAUGAUGAAAAUAUUGACAUUGCAAUUAAAGUUAAAACUUCAAUUGUUGAAUUGAUCUUAUUAUAUAUUAGUCGUUAUGCUGAAGAAUUUGAUCCUUUAAUUGAACAAUUCAUUACAACAGUUUGGAAUUUAAUUAACCAAUACGUUACAAAACAACAAAAAUAUGAUUUAUUAGUAGUUAAAUCCCUUACAUUUUUAACUUCAAUUUCUAAAAUUAAUAAAUAUCAAUAUUAUUUCAAUAAUGAAAGUUCCUUAAAAGAAAUUAUUGAAAAAAUCAUUUUACCAAAUAUUUAUUUCCGUGAAGUUGAUGAAGAAUUAUUCGAAGAUGAACCAAUUAAUUAUGUUAGAUCUGAUUUAGAAGGUUCUGACUUUGAUACUAGAAGAAAAUCAGCCACUGAUUUCUUGCGUGAAUUAAAAGAAGUUAAUACUGAAUUAUUAACUAGUACCGUAAUGACUUAUGUUAAUCAAUUUUUAAAUUUAGGUGAUGAUUGGAAAAAUAAAGAUGUGGCAAUUUAUCUUUUCAGCUCAUUAGCUGCUAAAGGUUCAGUAACUAAUAUAGGAGUAACCUCAACUAAUGUUUUAAUUGAUGUGGUUGAAUUCUUUAGUAAUAAUAUUGCUAAUGAUUUAGUUAGUGAUCAAGCUCAUUUAAAUUUGAAAACUGAUGCUAUUAAAUAUAUUUUCACUUUCAGAAAUCAAUUAACUAAAGACCAAUUACUUACCACUAUUCCUUUACUUAUCAAUCACUUAAAUAAUCCUAAUCCUGUGGUUUAUACUUAUUCAGCAAUUACUAUCGAAAAAUUAUUAUCAAUGACCAAUUUCACUGAUCACUCUCCAGUUUUCACUAAAUCUGAUAUUCAACCUUUCGUCAAUGAUUUAUUAACUAACUUGUUUAGAUUAGUUUUAUCAAACAAUUCUUCUCCAGAAAAAUUAGCUGAAAACGAAUUUUUAAUUAAAAGUAUAAUGAGAGUUCUCAAUACUGCAGAAAAUAUCAUUGAUCCUCAGUUUAAAAUUACCAUCAUCAAUCAAAUGUUACAAAUUUUACAACUCAUUUCUAAAAAUCCUUCCAAUCCUAAAUUCACUCAUUAUAUUUUUGAAUCUUUAGGUUUAUUAAUUAAAUUUUCUGAUUCUUCUAAUAUUUCUGAUGAUCAAAGAAUUCCUCAAUAUAUCCAACUCAUCUUACCUUCCCUUUUAAGUAUUUUAGGUGAUGAUGUUCAAGAAUUUGUUCCUUAUGUUUUCCAAAUUUUAGCAUUUUUAUUAGAAUUAUUACCAUCAUCAAGUCCAUUACCUGAUGAUUAUAAAAAUUUAAUCAAGCCAUUAUUGUCACCAAUUGUUUGGGAAUUCCGUGGUAAUAUCCCUGGUAUUUUUAGAUUAUUGAUUGCAAUCUUGGAACAAGAACCACAAGUUUUCGCUAGUAGCGAAGCUGAUUUAACUCCAUUAUUAGGUGUUUUCCAAAAAUUGAUUGCAUCAAAAGCUAAUGAUCAAUAUGGUUUUGAUUUAUUACAAGUCAUAUUACUUAAAAUUCCUCUUAAUAUUUUAAGCAAUUAUUUAAAUCAAAUUGGUAUUUUAUUAUUAACUCGUCUUAAAAAUUCAAGAACCGAUAAAUUCAUCAAAAAGUUUGUGGUAUUUUUAACUUCCUUGUGUUGUAUUCCAUUAAACCCAGUCUACCAAGAAAUCGGUAAAUCGAUUAAUGCUGAUUUCAUCGUUCAAUUUAUUGAUUCUGUUCAACCAGGAGUUUUCCAACUGAUAUAUAAUAAUUUCAUUUUACCAACUGCAGGAACCUUAGUUAACUCACAAGAUAAAAAAGUUGCAACUCUUGGCUUGUCCGAGUUAAUAAAUUCAAAAUCAUUAAAAGAAAACUAUACAAGUUUGGUUAUUCCUACUAUUGAAGCUUUAUGUAAAAAUUUAAAUUCUUUGAGUGGUAUUCAAAAAUCAACUAAUAAUGCAGUUCUUGGUAAUACUUUAAGUAGUGAGACUGCAAGUAUAGCUAUAAAUGAAUUAGAUUUAGAAAGUUUUUCAUUUGGGUCUCAGUUUUCCAAGAUUGUUUCAAUCCAAAAGAAACCAUUCGAUCCAUUACCUAGUGUGAAAAGUAACGAUCAACAAUCUAUUAGAUUUGGUGCCAUUUCAAACAUCAAGAAAUUGGGUGAUACAGGGGUAUUAAAUCAAGUAUCAGAUGAAGCCAAAUCAGUCUUAAAUAGUAUGUAA